UGUCAUCGGCUCCGGGCGACAGGCGGCGGCAGGCAGCGUCUCUGGCUCGGCCUCUGUUCCUUUAAUAAACUCCUGGUUAUCUAGUGUAACAAAUGUCUCGCUGCCAUCAUCAAGUCCGGGCGAGGAGGGAGGAGUUUUUAAUGUUCACUUGCUGCCGCGGAUCGAUGUGUGCCGCCAGCGCCGCUCCUGCUCGUCUCAUCCUCCUUCCGCACUGAGAGCCUGCGGACCUGACAGUACCGACUGACACGCGUCGAUCAAAUGGACGGAACCGGACGCUGAGAACCAAACAGUCCACCGCCAAACAAGGACGAAGGGGAAGCGGUUGUUUUGUGUGCUUCGCCAGAGUGGGAUUUUUUUUUCCAAGACUGAAGAAGUCCGAGGUGAAGACGGCGUCUCUAUGCGUGGACCGUCCGCACCGCAUUCCCAUCACACCUGAACUGAACCCCGAGAGAGAAACACGUCCAGGGAGAGAUGCCACGGAGGAAACAGCAGGCGCCCAAACGGGCUGCAGUUUAUAUGCCUGAUGAGGAUCCUGCUCUCCAAAACUCCAUUGCUGAGGAGGAUGAGGAGAACGACACUCAAACAGAGGACGACUCCUCUGAGAAGAGUCCUAAAAUGUCAGAGGACAGAGAGCUGGACAACAAGAGUUUCAACAGCUACAGCAACCUGAACUCCCCCGUGAGUGUCCUUUCUAACCAGGAGGCUGAGGUGGAGUCGCACAUGAGUGAUACUAGUGACCGACUUUCUGACUUCAAAAACCAGUCGCCAUCAGAGAUCCAGAGGGACGAUGAAAGCAGCAGCACGAAGCUGAAGGAUGAAACAGGCAGCAGUUUGGAGAAGAUGAGGGCGGCCUACGCCAACUUUCUCUCUGAUUCAUACUGGACGGGGGUCGGAAUGGACUUGAAAGUGGGAAAACAAACCAGUAAGGUCAACUGCGACAGUACCAAUGGGAGUUCCAAGACUGAGUUUGACUGGCACCAGGAUGCCCUGUCCAAGACCUUGCAGCAGACUCUUUCGCCCAAACCUGCCACGAAACCCAACCUCUUCAGCUCGGUACACUUGUACCGGCAAAACGCUAAGUCCUGUGGCUCUGUCUUCACGGGUGCCAGUCGCUUCCGCUGCAAAGACUGCAGUGCUGCCUAUGACACCCUGGUGGAGCUGACUGUCCAUAUGAACAAGAGCGGACACUACCAGGAUAACAACCACAGCAAGCAGAGCGGCUCAUCCACCUCCUCGUCAAAAUCACGAAAGCGGAACUUACAGGACCUAGAAGGGAAGGAAGAUGCACAGAAAGUGUUGAAGUGCAUGUUCUGUGGCCACUCCUUCGACUCGCUGCAGGAUCUCAGUGUGCACAUGAUCAAAACAAAGCAUUACCAAAAGGUGCCUUUGAAAGAGCCAAUCCCGGUGAUCACGCCAAAAUUGUUGCCACCGGCAAAGAAACGGGCCUUUGACACGGCAAGACCAUGCUCCCCCGACUCCACGACCGGCGUGGCUGGCUACAGUGAGGCACAAAGAGCCGCGAGCAUUUCAAAUGCCACCAACAAUCGCUACGGCUACCAGAAUGGGGCAAGCUACACUUGGCAGUUUGAGACAUGCAAGUCUCAGAUUCUAAAAUGCAUGGAAUGCGGAAGCUCCCAUGACACGUUGCAGCAGCUGACCACGCACAUGAUGGUCACCGGACACUUCGUUAAAGUUACAAACUCUGCAUCUAAGAAGGGUAAGCAGUUAGCACUUGACCCCCUGGCUAUUGAGAAGAUUCAGGGUUUAGCAGAUCAAGAAUCUGCUGAGUCGGAAGGAGAAAAAGUGUCUCCUAAAAUUCUUUCCCCAGCAUGUAGCGAAAAGGACAGUCAGGGUGAAAGUGUGUCAGAGAAAAUGGAAGAAUCUGACAUUAAAGAUGAAAAGUCAGACUGCGACGAUCAAAAGCUGGGAGAUUUUAAGUACCCCUACCUGAGAGAGGAGGAUCUGGAGAAAGACUCCAGUGUAGGUGGCGACAUUCUCAAAUCGCUCGCCAACACGGUGGCAUCAGCCAUCAAUAAAGCUCAGACGGGAACGCCAAGUUGGAGUGCUUACCCGAGCAUCCAUGCUGCCUACCAGCUCUCUGGCAUCAUCAAAGGUGCCCCUCUCGCUGCGUCUCCCCCGACACAGCUGAAGCAACCGUUUAACCACAAGCUGAGACCGAUUGCCCCAAAGGGGAAGAUGUUUCCCGGUGCUUUGGAGGCCUCCCAGGGGCAUCAAAACUUGAACAUCAAACAUGAGAAGGGCAGUGUUGGUGACGGGAAAGAUAGUCAUAAUCUGAAGUUUGAUCUGGCAGAGAAUGAUGACAGCGAUUGUCAAGAUGAUUCUUCUUUCUCUUCAAAGCUCGACAAUGAUUUCGUGAAUGAAGAGAGUGAGAUGAUGAAAGGAAAGUCAAGCCCAGAGUUCUCUGACAGAGGCAAGACGCCAAGUCCAUCUGCUUGCAAUGGUCAGGCUUCAGAGCUUCUCAAUGACUCUGCAGAUAUUCCCGCCAUCAACCCACUCAGCGCCCUGCAGUCGGUCCUCAACAAUCAUCUGGGCAAAGCUAACAAACCCAACAACUCUCGAGUCGAAAAACUGUCAGCACAUGCUCAGGCAGUCUUUACAGACAUGAAACGCAGCAGCGAGAAACCGGUAAUGACACUAGCAAAGAACAAUGGCAACUUUCUGUUUGUGAAUGAGGACCAGCCCAUUGACCUAACAAAAUCAAAACACUGCAAACCAAGUCCCACAAUAGUUCCUUCCGCUACACCGACCCCUCAGAAAUACGCUCUGUCUGACAUCGCAGACAUGGUUAAAGUUCUUCCUACAGCCACCACACCGAAACCCUCCAUACCAUCCAGGACUCUGAAACUGGAAUCUGACGUAAGGCGUUUCGAGGACGUAUCUACCGAGGUCUACUCUGUCCAUAAGCGCAAAGGCCGACAGUCCAACUGGAACCCGCGACACCUUCUCAUCCUGCAGGCUCAAUUCGCCUCUAGUCUCUUCUUGACCUCGGAAGGGAAGUACCUGCUCUCAGACCUUGGACCUCAAGAAAGGAUGCACAUUUCUAAAUUCACAGGACUGUCCAUGACCACCAUAAGUCAUUGGUUAGCGAAUGUUAAAUACCAAUUACGGAAAACUGGUGGAACUAAAUUCCUAAAGAACAUGGACACGGGUCACCCGGUCUUUUACUGCAAUGACUGCGCCUCUCAGUUCAGGUCGCCGGCGACCUUCAUUUCCCACCUUGAAUCACAUCUUGGGUUCCAAAUCAAAGACAUGUGCAAGAUGCCGGUGGAGCACCAGACGAAGGUGGAAGAGCCGGAUCUCUCCAAGGCACUCAGUGUCAGGGUCACCGAGGCACUAAUUGCUGAGGAGGACAUUGAUGCAAAGUUUAAAUGUAAACUGUGUUGUCGGACAUUUGCCAGCAACCAUGCGGUCAAACUCCACUUGAGCAAAACUCACAGCAAGUCGCCUGACAACCACUCGCAGUAUGUGGAGAUGGACAAGGACUAGCGUUUCUGAUCUCCGUUUUGAAUACACGGGUCGGAAGAUUUCAAAUGCUUCCUAUUGUCGUGUAGCGUUCUUGGUUUUCACGGAGACACUGGUCGUACUCGGAGACACUGACGAUUGCACUCACCAGAAAAGAAAUGUACAACUGCUUGCGGAAACAGAAGCGCUUAUGUUUGCAUGCUAACGCUCGGGCUGUGACUACUAUUUAUUUCUACGUUGUGUUUCAAAGUGAAGAUGCGCAGAUCUGUACAUCAAAUUUCUAUGUUGAGCGAGAACAGAGUGAGGAAAAGCACUUUAAAUAAACAUUCAAUCACUAAGAUCUGGAUUCUGUUUGCAACUCAAUUGGACGGUUUUAAAGAUAUUUCUGAUGUAAAUACGUUUUGGAUGAAAAUGGAGACCAACAUGUGAUCUGCACCUUUUUUUACUGUUCAAAUAAAGAGCUAACAUUUGAUAAUCGC